AUGAGUUGGGAAUCGGAAGAGGCGAAGCAGCUGACAUGGGAGUACGCUACAAAAUCUGUGCUGAAAUGCAAUAUACGGAUACUCCAUAUGGUGGGCCUGUGGCCACUGACGGGCUCGUUGCUGUUUCGCUCAUCCACAGCCACCAUCGUCGUGCUCUGCGUGGCCCAUAUUGCAGAAGCAGCUGUCAACCUGUGCACCCUACACGGCGGCCUGCAGGAUUUUACACUGGCGCUGUCCAACGUGUCAGUAGUUUGCGUAGGCGUGCUCAAGCUUACCUUCUUCCUGCGCCACGAGCGGAGCUAUUGUCGACUUGUGAGAGUGCUGGACGCUCUGGUGGACAGCCAGAGGGAGUACGUGCAUGCUGAGCCACCACUGGCGGCUCUCUUCAAGGCCACGCAGAAGCGGACCGUGCGGGUCACCAUCGGCUUCCUGGUGUACGCCAUCACGCAGCUGGUGGCCUGGUCCUUCGCUCCUCUGAUCGCUGCCCCGGGCACCAGGAGACUACCCUUCCAGCAGUUACCUCUGACGGACGCGACCGCCUUUCUCAUUUACGAACUGUCUUACGCCAUGCAAGUCAUUUCCAUUAUAUUCAUAGCAUUAAUCAAUUGUCAAAUGGACUGCUUCUUCAUGGCGACUAUGCUGCACACCGCUGCCCAGCUCCGAAUUUUGGCAGCCCGGAUUAAAAACCUGAAGCUGCACAACGAAGAUAUGCGGACGGUAUUUAGAUCAGAUGAAGAAGCGGAAGUUCAGGUGUCUGCUGAGCGCGACAGUACAUACAACAACCUGUGUCUCUGCAUCAAGACACAUCAGCAACUCGUAAGGUUCGUCCGUCACCUGGACCGCAUAAUGAGUCCCAUCGCAAUGAUGCAGCUGGGUCUUGGAGUUUUCAACGGGUGCAUGCUAAUAUUUCCGGCGGCAUAUAGCGCAGAGAGCGACGCCCUGGUGAAGUGCCUGGCAGCCGUGCCCACCAUCAGCACGCAGCUGCUGCUCUACUGCCUGGGGGCUCACAGCGUGCGGGAGCAGGUCAGCAGCUCCUAA